GCAAUGAAAAGAUUUAUGAAAAUCAAUCAUAAUCAGAUAGUAAAUUAUUGCCCUCGGCUGUCACAAGGCGCGAAAUGCAAUAGUCGGAUUUAUAGGUUACGAUGUAGAUUUGAAAGGCAUAAAUUCAAUAAUAAACCACGUGAUUUGAAUUUUAGACGUAGGUUACCAUUAAUGUGUACUCGGGUUUCCGGGAAUCUAAAAGUGUUAUUCAGUUUGACUCUCUCUAGCACCAGCAUCUUUUUUGCCUAAGUUCCUCUUACAAGUACCCAGGACUGACGAGAGGGGGAACAAGAGGGUCUAGUGUACUACAAGUUUGAUUCUGUAACGUCAUUUUUCCUCCUUUACCGAUCACUCACAUACAUGAUGUCAGAAGAUGUCAUCAAACCAGAGAUGCUUUCAUACACCAUAGUCAGUGAGGUACAUGUGCAAAACCUACAAUGUGCAAAGACUCUGGAAUUGCCUGACGUUAGAGUGAAAACAGAGAUCCCUGAAGAAAGUGGUUCCGGCAAAGGAUCCCAGCACAUGAGUGACAUGACUUUUAUGGAAGAUGCAGGUACUGUUGGGAUGACACAAAGCCAGUGGACAGGAUUGCCUGAAAGAGACCUACCAGAGCUAUUGAUAGACAAGAUAAAAGAAGAAGGUGAUGAGGACGUAGGUACAGUCCAGCUGACAACUGGGGAAACAUACAGAAUUAAGAGGUGUCUGUCACCAACAGCACUUGAAAGUGAUAGCCGUCGUCCUCGCAGUGCUCAGGUUAUUCAGCAUGACAUGACAGCGUGCUCACAAAUGGCUGAUCAACAGCACACAACUGACUUCUUGGCCCUGUUUGGAACAGAUAAUAUGAUGCUUCAAGAAGUCACUGAUAUGGAACAAAAUGUUUUGAUUCCUGGAAAGUGUGAAGAUUUUGACAAAGAUAUAGAAAGAAACGAGUUUGCUUAUCAACAACUAAAGGGCUCAAAAAAUGACAUCAGUGAUGGUGAAGCAAUGUCUAGAAAUCAUUUAGAUUCUUCUCCAGGUACUUCCAGAAAGUUCAGCCAAGUGAGUUCAGCUGAGGAUGACUCCUCCAAGUAUGGAACCAAGUGGACUGACGAUCUUCGCUGUUACCCUAUUGUGCCACCAUUCACAGGUGAACCUGGGUUAAAAUGCUUACAAAAACUUGGAGUGGCGCCAUCUCCUUUGUCUUUUUUCCAGUUGUUUAUUACAGAUGAUGUUGUGAAAACUAUUAUGGAGGAGACAAAUCGCUAUGCUAUACAGUCUGUAAAGAGAAGCAGUCAAAUAAUAAUCAAAAGGCCAGAAAUAUUAUAGCACAAUGGACUCCAACUUCAGAAUUCGAAAUAAAAUGUUUUCUUGCCAUUUGUUUGCACAUGGGUCUUGUCCAUUUACGCAGAAUUGAUGACUACUGGAGUGAUUCGUCUUCCUUGAAGACUGUAUAUGCAAGAUCACUGAUGAAAAGAGAUAGGUUCAAAGCCAUUCUCGCCUUUCUGCACUUAAAUGAUAAUGAUGCUUUAAUUGCUGCAGGUGAGGAAGGGCAUGACACCCUCCAUAAAAUCCGGCCUGUCUAUGACCAUCUUCGUUGUGUCUUUAAAUCUUUGUAUGUUCCCGAGCAGGACAUUUCUAUCCGUGAGAUUAUCUGCCCUUGGAAAGGAAGGGGUGAAAUGAAUGCAUGUAGAAUGGAUGCCCCAUCAGAGUGUGGCAUGCAGAUUCAUGAAAUGUGUGAAAACAGUUCUGGUUAUAUAUACGACUUUGAAGUGCAGGCAGGAGAGCGAGGAGAAAGCACUUCGUCAGCGGCAGUUUGUUAUCGACUUCUGACCCCCUUGAAAAACAAAGGAUACACUGUUUUUAUGGGUAGCUACUAUUGCUGCCCUGCUCUAGCUGAAAAGUUGGCUAGUGAGGACAUCAUGGUUGUGGGAAUUUGCUGCAAGGACAGACUAGGGAUGCCUGAAGACCUGCAGCAGUCUGUUCUCCAGACCGGGGAACAGAUGUACCGCAGAAAAGGACAGAUGCUGGCACUCAAGUGGCAUCAGGAUAACGAUGUGUAUAUGCUCACUACCAUGCACAGGCCGGUCAUGGUGCAUGUCAAAUCUGGCACACAAGAUGGAAUACAGCCUGCAGCACUUGUCAGCUUCACAAAGAACAUGGCUGGUGUAGACAGAAACAGUGAGGUCUUUGGUUUCAUGCCAGCAUACUGCCACACUUUGAAGUGGUGGAAAAAACUUUUUUUCUACCUUCUCGCCCUUACUGUCAUGCAAGCCCACACACUGCACAGCAAGUACCUCAAGACAAAAAGCCAGAAACCUUGGCUUGUGGACCGAUUCUGGAAACAUCUUCUGGAAGAGAUGGAGGUUGCUUAUAAAUAAUAAUGAUGUACCUCUUCACACCAGUAUUUCAAACUACACGGAAAACUUGCCAGCAGCAGCAAAAAGAGAGGAUUUAUAAAGAUGCAAAGUUUGCUACAUGACAACAAAAGAAAUUCCAGGCCACAAUGAAAAGUAUACCCCAUAUCGGUGUGCAUCGUGUACUUCAGCACCAUGCUUCAAAGUAUGGCACACCAAAAACAAACACCACUAAGAUACCAAGUAGUGCUGUGGUUCCAUGCCAUGGAAGAGAAUGAGUGCAGUUUUUAUGUUUUCAGAUGCUGUAUUUUUGUUGUAGAAACCUAGUGUUUCUAUGAAAUUCAGAAGGUAAAAAGUCCAUAGCCUAGUAGCCAGAAGAACAAUGAAAGUAGGCAUGACAUGUGUUAAAGCUUCUCUUUUACCUUUUCUGGUCAUUCAGUUUUCUUUAUCAGGGUUUAUAUUCAUGGACCAUGUUUACCCUACCUGUUAUCCUACCUAAGGUGGAUAGAUCAGGGAACUGGAGGUAGUAUCUAAAACCCAAUAUUCAUGGACAGUGUAAACCUAUCCAAAUUGUUUACCAGCCAGCAUUUAUUGGAGGUGUGUCAUUCUCAUAACUUCCUAUUACCUAGAGUAUAUGUGGCAGAGAUCAUGAUUGAAGAUAAAAAGGUAAAACAAAAGGUAAAAAGGUAAAAUAAUUUUCCCUUCAUGUCUCAGGAUUUUCUGUUCAUAUGCAUAACUUAAAACAUAAAGGUUGUUUCAAGUUCCAAAUAUUGUAUUUGCAUAAUUGGUACUAUUUAGUAAGAAUAAAUAAA